AUGAGUUUAUAUUGUGAUACAAUGAUUUACAAAAACUUAAUACCUAUAUACUUGAAAAAAGUACUUGAUGAAAAACUUAUCUUAAUGAUUGCUGUAUUAUUUCGUUGGUUUGUCAGCUUACAUGAUUAUUCUGGAAAAUCACAAACUCCGAUGUAUGGUGAUUAUGAAGCCCAACGGCAUUGGAUGGAAGUUACAGUUUCUAUACCAACAACUCAAUGGUAUUUUAAUUCAUCCGACAAUGAUUUAUUAUAUUGGGGUCUCGACUAUCCACCAUUGACAGCCUACCAUAGUUAUUUAAAUGGUUUAGUGCUUAAAAGAAUCCUUCCAGAGUCCAUCCAGCUCAAUACAUCUAGAGGUUUUGAGUCAAAGUUUCAUAAACUACUCAUGAGGUAUUCUGUGCUUAUAGUUGACUUAUUGAUAUUCAUACCAGCCGUUUGUUGGUUUUUCAGACAGUUUUUCAAAAUUAAAAAUAAUAACCAAAUGAGUCAAACAAUGACCAUUGCAAUGACAUUGUUGUACCCAGGAUUAAUAUUAAUAGAUCAUGGACAUUUCCAGUAUAACUGUGUGUCUCUUGGUUUAUUUGUGGCAAGUGUUGCUAGUAUGUUUACCAAUAAAACCAUCUUCACUUGCGUUUUGUUCAGUAUGGCCUUAAACUACAAACAAAUGGAGUUAUACCACGCUUUGCCAUUUUUCUUUUAUUAUAUUGGAUUUAUUUAUGAAACUUAUAAAAAACAUUCAUUCAUUACAGCUCUAAAGACAUUGUCUAUUCUUGUAUUGAGUGUGAUGAUAACAUUUAUAUUAUUAUGGGUUCCUUUUAUUAGUGAUCCUAAACAAAUGUUUCAAGUCAUACACAGAAUUUUCCCGUUAGAACGAGGUGUUUUCGAAGACAAAGUUUCCAAUAUAUGGUGUGUAAUUAAUGUUCUUUAUAAGUUGAGGAAUAUGAAUAAUCAUACCAUGGCUACUAUAUGCCUAAUGACGACAUUCAUCUCAGUGAUGCCCACGUGCCUGGAUCUAUUAAAAAAUCCUUCUAAAAUAAAAUUUUUACUUUCAUUGAUUAAUUGUUCGUUGUCAUUUUUCUUAUUUUCAUUUCAAGUUCACGAAAAAAGUGUACUUUUGGUUGCCAUACCAGUUUUGAUGUACUCUCCUCAAAAUGUAUUUAUGUGUACUUGGUUUGUUACCCUGACAACAUUUAGCAUGCUUCCACUAUUGAUAAGGGAUAAUUUGUUGGUCCCUUUUAUUUCUUUAUCGUUAAUUUAUUUUAUAUUGCACUAUAAUAUUGAAAAAUUACUUUCACAACAAAAAGAAACAUCAAAAUUACAUUUAUUACGUAAUUUAUCAUUAUUUGGAUGUGUUAUAUUAACUUUGUGUGCCAUAGCAUUAAAACCUCCCCCCAAAUAUCCAGAUUUAUGGCCUUUGAUUAUAUCUGUUUAUAGUUGUAUGCAUUUUGUUUUGUUUUUGAUCUAUUUUAAUUUUAGUCAAUUAAUGUUGCAAAUUCCAAAAAAAAAAUUGUAUUAA